AUGGCUGAACUUAAGGAGAUGGAGCACUUCUCAAUCAAACAAAUGUAUUUGAAAAUUAGGGGCGAGCUUCAGAAGGUUGAGUGGAGAAGGCUAGUGUGUAAUAACAUUGGUUUACCCAGAUGGAUAAUGUUGAGGUUGGCUACUCUACUCAAACUCUACAACGACAGAUUGAUAAAAUGGAAGAUGGCUUUGGAUCCUACAUGUCCUCAAUGUAAUGUGGCUGAUGAAAUCCACUCAGACCUAUCCUUUGCUUGCUCAGUAGCUGCUCAAGAGUGGAAGAAGCUUCUCAGCUGGGUGGGAAUACCUCAGGUGCCGGGAGAACGGGAUUUAGAACUAUCACAGGCUACAACAUAUGCCAAGGAUAACAGCAGUAGAGCUGAAAUGGACAGGAUGGUACUUGCUGCAGCCAUGUACCACUUGUGGAGAGACAGAAAUUAG